AUGACAUCGGGUCCGAUAGCAGAGCGCAAUCAGGACGCGACUAUAUAUGUGGGCGGUUUGGAUGAGAAGGUGUCUGAAGCGACGCUAUGGGAGCUCUUCGUCCAGGCGGGACCCGUUGUGAACGUUCAUAUGCCCAAAGACAGGGUCACGGCUUCACAUCAGGGCUACGGCUUCGUGGAGUUCAUGUGCGAAGAGGACGCCGACUAUGGCAUCAAAAUCAUGAAUAUGAUUAAACUCUAUGGGAAACCCAUUCGCGUGAACAAAGCGUCGGCCCAUCAGAAGAACCUCGACGUCGGCGCCAAUAUAUUCAUCGGUAAUCUGGACCCAGAGGUGGACGAGAAGCUGCUGUACGACACGUUCUCGGCGUUCGGUGUUAUCCUACAGACGCCCAAAAUCAUGAGAGAUCCCGAGACCGGCAACUCUAAGGGCUAUGCGUUCGUCAAUUUCGCCAGUUUUGACGCCUCGGACGCCGCCAUCGAAGCCAUGAACGGACAAUACCUCUGCAAUCGAGCCAUUACUAUAAGCUAUGCCUUCAAGAAGGACGCCAAAGGCGAGCGACACGGCUCGGCUGCAGAACGACUGUUGGCCGCGCAGAACCCGUUAGCUCAGGCCGACCGACCGCAUCAGCUCUUCGCCGACGCGCCGCCCACUGCCGGUGGCGGUGGUGUCACCGCUCAACCCAUUGCGCCGAUGCUUAUGCCGAUCGCGCCGACAGCUGUGCCGACGGGUAAUCAAAUGCAGAUGUUUUACGGCUCUCACGACGACGCUCUCAAUAUGAUGACUAUGAAUAUGAAUAUGAAUAUGAAUAUGAAUGUCAUGGGAUGGCAAAUGAAUCCGCCCCGACCUCAACCCCCACCUCCUCCUCAAUCAUUCUUCCCGCCGCCCCCUCCGCCCCAGUUCUCAGCAAUGCCUCCGCCACCGCCUCCUUUCGCUAACAUACCACCCCCUCCGCCACCGCCAGGAAUGCCACAGUUCUCGGCAGUGGCGCCGCCUCCUCCACCCCCACCCCCUCCUCCGCCACCGCCUCCACAACCAUAA